GGUAUAGUAGAGUGACACUAAACCACACAGAUGCUUCAAAUAAAACUAGGAGUAGGACUACACAUAUAUUAUUCAAUAAUUCCAGGAAAAUUACGAAAACACUGUUUACAGAAAAAUAGUGUGUGUACAUGUACUAUGUAUUAUGAAAUGCUGCUGUCUUUAUUUGAUUAGACAUUAAACAUUUUAUGGAGUGACAUAAACGUGAAAAUAACGUUCAUACCAUACAGCAUAAUAAUAAAGGAUACAACAGGAACUAUCUGAAAUUCCUAGAAAGUCAAUAAUGCUGAAAGUAUGAUGGAUAAUGCCAAAAGUAUGAUGAAUAAUGCAGAUAAUGGGAUAACUAAUGCCAAAAGGGCUUCUUUAUUGAAGAAUGAUACGUCUAGUAUUACAAGUGGUUUUCAGAGAGGAGCAAAGGGUCAUAAAGGAGAACAUAUUUGUGAUAUAUGCCAGAGAGUGUGCAAAUGUAAAUCUGCACUAGUGACACAUUAUAAAAUCCACACUGGAGAAAAGAACUACAAAUGUGAUGUCUGUUCUAAAACAUUUGCAAGAAAGUAUUCUCUUAAAGCACAUUAUGUAUGUCAUACUGGAGAAAAGAACUUCAAAUGUGAUGCUUGUUCUAAAACAUUCUCAGGAAAGUCUUCCCUUAACUUACAUUAUAGAAUUCAUACUGGAGAAAGGAACUACAAAUGUGAUGUCUGUUCCAAAACAUUUACAAGAAAGCAAUCUCUUAAUGUACAUUAUGUAUGUCAUACUGGAGAAAAGAACUACAAAUGUGAUGUCUGUUCUAAAACAUUCUCAACAAAGUCUUCUCUUAACUCACAUUAUAAGAUUCAUACUGGAGAAAAGAACUACAAAUGUGAUGUCUGUUCUAAAACAUUCCCAAGAAAGUCUUCUUUUAACUUUCAUUAUAGAAUUCAUACUGGAGAAAAGAACUUCAUAUGUGAUGUUUGUUCAAAAACAUUUAUACAGAAGUCUUCUCUUAACUCACAUUAUAGAAAUCAUACUGGAGAAAAUUUCAAAUGUGAUAUUUGUUCGAAAAUAUAUACUCAUAAGUCUUCUCUUAACUUACAUUAUAGAAUUCAUACUGGAGAAAAGAACUUCAAAUGUGAUGUUUGUUCAGAAACAUUUUCAAGAAAAUAUUCUCUUGACUCACAUAAUAGAAUUCAUACUGGAGAAAAGAACUUCAAAUGUGAUGUUUGUUCUAAAACAUUUUCAAGAAAGUUUUCUUUAAAAUUACAUCAUAGAAUUCAUACUGGAGAAAAGAACUUCAAAUGUGAUGUUUGUUCUAAAACAUUUGUACAAAGGUCUUCUCUCAACUUACAUCAUAGAAUUCAUACUGGAGAAAAGAACUUCAAAUGUGAUGUAUGUUUCAAAAGAUUUGCACAACAGAAUUAUCUUAACUUACAUUAUAUAAUUCAUACUGGACAAAAGAACUUCAAAUGUGAUGUUUGUUCUAAAACAUUUGCACAUAAGACUUAUCUUAACUCACAUUAUAGAAUUCAUACUGGAGAAAAGAACUUCAAAUGUGAUGUUUGUUCCAAAACAUUUGCACGGCGGCCUUAUCUUAACUUACAUUAUAAAAUUCAUACUGGAGAAAAGAACUUCAAAUGUGAUAUUUGUUCUAAAUCAUACAUACAAAAGAUUAAUCUUAAAAGACAUUAUAGAAUUCAUACUAAAGAAACACUAUGAAUGUAGCAUCAAUGAAAAAUAAGGUUGAGGUUGCAUAUAGAUGUCACUACUAGGUUGUUUAUACCUUUUGUAAUCAUGCUGUAAUGGAUAAUAUAUUUACAUGUAAAUUUAGUUAUUUAAAUAUAUUGAAACCAUUUCAAAAAUAAAAACAAUAAUUAUAUUUUUAUAAUGUUUAAAGGGAGAAUCAGAUCAAUGACAUUUUAAGUUUUUCAUUUUAAAUUAGACAUGGGUAUUAUUACCCAUUGAGUAUGAGUGCUCGAAAUAACAGGAAUUUCUGUUAAUUCUUAGAUCUCUCUGAAGUAUAGCUUCAUUAUACUUAAAUGAAAGGCUAUUAAGAGUAUGUUGCCAAUAAUGUAUAAUUUUUCUGAUUCAAAGCUUGGAAAUUCAAAAUGGCCACCUAAUGUGUGAUUUCAUGAUAGUUUUGUGAUCUCUUUAAAGUAUUGCUAUAGUGUACUCAAAUCAAAGGAAUUUUAGAGGAGAUCACAAUAAUGGUAUUGUUUUUCUGAUUUGACUGUCUAAAGAAGGGAUUCGCUAUGAUUUAGAGAUCUGUCCAAAGUAAAGUAUGGUUACAUUAUCCUACAUAUGAUCACAAAUAGUGUAUUGUCUUUAUGAUUUGUACCUUUGAAAUACAAAAAUGGCCACCCAAAUGCUUAAAUUGAGAUUUCUUCUCCUUGGAGUUGCAGUUUUUUUUAUUAAUUAUUCAUUGUUAAAUACUUUGUGGUCAAUAUUUGUAUAUACAACAAUAAAAACA